UUGCCCUUUGUUCCAAUGGAUCCAGAGAACUUGCCGGUCAUCAACAACUACCUGGAUGCCAACGAGCCAGUGUCCUCGGAGGCCUGUCUGAGCCGCAUGCACUUCCACGACAACCAGAGGAAGGUCGACUACGUGCUCACCUACCAUUACCGGAAACGUGGGGUGCAACCUGGCCUGGGCUCCCCUGGCCAGUCGCUGGCGAUUGUCUCUAAUGGGGAGACAGGCAAGGAACCUCAUGCUGGGGGCCACGGUGAUAUUGAGCUGGGGCCACUCGAUGCCCUGGAGGAGGAGAAGAAGGAGCAACGGGAGGAAUUUGAGCACAACCUGAUGGAGGCUGGGCUGGAGCUCGAGAAGGACUUGGAGUGUAGGGACAUUGUGCUCUUUGAAGACUAA